GACAUAGCAAGAUUCUGUCUCAAAAAAAAAGUUUAGAGUUCUUUUUAUUGGCCAAGGUGGUUUGGCCAAAGGUUAGUUAAGUUCUUUUUGUUUUUGUUUGAAUUUUGUGAGUUAAUCUAUUAUAGUCAUACUAUAUGAAAUAGAAUUAGAGGUUUAAUCCUUUGUCUACAUCCUGGAUAUUUUAAAACUCAGACAAAAUACAAAAGAAAAAAUUUUUUGGCAGUUUCAGGAAUUGGUCCCAGGGCCUUACACACACUAGCAAGUGCCCUACCACUGAGUUACGUACAUCCCCAGCCCACAAAAACUUUCUGAAGAAAAUACUGGCCCUGCCUGUGGACGCUCCCUCCAAGCUUCAGGAACUUCUGACCAGCCCCAGUCAGUACAAGAUGGACCCCAUAGUCUUGAGUUACAUGGACAGUCUUCUGCGGCAAUCGGACAUCUCGCUACUGGACCCACCAAGCUGGCUCAAUGACCAUAUUAUUGGGUUUGCCUUUGAGUAUUUUGCCAACAGUCAAUUUCGUGACUGCUCUGACCAUGUAUGCUUCAUUAGCCCCGAAGUCACACAGUUCAUCAAGUGCACUAACAGCGCAGCAGAAAUCGCCAUGUUCCUUGAACCCCUGAAUCUUCCCCACAAGAGAGUUCUAUUUUUAGCCAUCAAUGAUAACUCCAACCAGGCAGCUGGAGGAACCCACUGGAGUUUGUUGGUUUAUCUCCAAGAUAAAAAUAGCUUUUUUCAUUAUGAUUCCCAUAGCAAAAGCAACUCCAUCCAUGCAAAGCAGGUAGCAGAGAAACUAGAAGCUUUUUUAGGUAGAAAAGGAGACAAACUGGUCUUUGUGGAAGAGAAAGCCCCUGCUCAACAAAACAGCUAUGACUGUGGGAUGUACGUGAUCUGUAACACUGAGGCCUUGUGUCAGAACUUCUUUAGGCAACAGCCAGACUCCCUGCUGCAGCUGCUCACCCCCACGUACAUCACGAAGAAGAGAGCAGAAUGGAAAAAUCUUAUUGCCAGACUUGCUAAAAAUUAGCUACUGAAGAGUAUUUGUGACUUUUAAAGCCUCCUCUUUCUGCCCUUCCUCCUUUAUUGGAUGGCUGCAGUUUUGGUGCCUGAGGGAAGAUGCCUAGUAGGGAAAAGCUCACUAUUUUUUUUUAAGGAUGUCAUCCUCUGGAUUGUCCCACCUGACCUGAGAGCAGUAUGUUCUGUGAAAAUGUCUUCAUGUUAUGCGCCAAAAUCUUAGACUUAACAUUUAUUACAUAUAUGUUUCAAGUGAGACUCUUAAAUUGGUAUAAAAUUAGUUCCCUUUUGGUCUCCCUUUUCCACAUUGACUUAUUCCAAAGGAAAGGCAUUGAUCUCUAAAACAAACACUACAUGAAAUCUAAAGGAAUGCAAGGAAGAAAACUAUAGGAAAAUCAAAAACUUCUUGCAUGGCCUACAUAAUUAAACAAAUCAAUUGUCUGGAAGCACAUUAAGGCCUAACUUCAUUUAAAACCGAAAUAUUAAGUAAGGCAUGGUGGUACACACAUGUAAUCCAAGCAUUCAGGAGGCUGAGGCAGGAGGAUCACCUCAAGUUGGAGGCCAGCCUGGGCUACAUAGUAAGCUCAAGUCCACCCUGAACUACAUACCAAGAUCCUGUCUCAAAAAAAAAAAAAAAAAACACCUAAAUAUUAUAAAAUCCAGUCAUUCCCUUCUGUGAUAUUUCUUCUAUUCACCAAGCAAAGCCUUUCUGGGCUGUCAGAAUCUUUGCAGAUAUGUGAGAAAAAUGACAUUAGCCCAUCUCCAUCUGAUAUCUGGGAUGCUUGGAAAGGGGGAAAUCUUGGGUAACUUCAUUAAAACAAAUGGCUGCAGUGGACUUGUUGGCUCAGUGAAUGGUCAGCUUGCAACUGUAGAUUGGCAACAGCUUUUCUUUGCCUUAUCUAUUUGUCGUGCACAUUUUUUUUAAUAUAAAGGAAGAAAAAUGACCUUUCUCAACCCUUUUGCUUAAUUCAAAAUGCAGACUGUGUAAUUUUUAAAAUGUGGAACCAACCAUAAAAAGAAAUCUAUCCCUCUGAAACCACAGAUGUAUUUCUCAGUUUUUCAAAUAAUUAGUUAAUAAAUUGAAUAUCUACAUAAA